GUUGAUGAUAAAGGUGAUCACAUUCAAACACAUGCAAAGUAAAUUAGGUCAAAUUCGUGAUAAGCGAUAAGUUUAAGUAACAGACUGAAUUGUUAAGAUGGGGUCUUCGACAUUCUCUUCCAUGCUAUUUCUUCUUGUCCUCGUGCUUUCGCUUCAUAUGGAUAAAGCUUCUGGACCUGCUCAAACUAAAAUCCACAAACUCAAAGAGAUGAUCACAAUGAGGAGGAAUAUUCUGGAAGGCAAAAACUACAGAAGCUCAAAAAUGCGAUUUGGAGGGAGCGUAUCGAAACAAUGCCACAGUAGAAGUUAUAACGAGAUAGUCACCACUUAUUAUUUUCCUGAAUAUCCGUCCUCCCCCGUUACACGGUGCGACAGCUACGACGUCUGUUAUAGUUGCACCCCCUGUUUAAAGGCCAAAGUCUGCAUAUCGUACCGUGGCGCACCCCCGAGGUGCACCAUAACCGAGGAGUGUUGCCUUAUAGUAUACCCAUAG